CCAUGAAGGCAGCCCAACUUUUCCCCGAGUGUGUGCGUUAGCACGGUGAAGUUUACAGUCAGCGGUGUGUUUAGGUUAUAUUUGCUAAUAAAUAGUCAGUGUGAAGGCAGGGAUUUGUUUUAUGGAGGAUGUGAGUGAGUGAACGGUGAGUCAACAACAUGAAGAAACCACACAGCUGGUGACUACUGCACGGUGAUUUCCCUGAUUUCGCAGGUCGAUCAAUAAACUUAAGUUGUUGAGGAGGAACUUUGACAUGUAGCUAGUUGCUCUCACUGAGGGAUGUACACAUCGUAUUCAUCUGCGCGCUGACAAACUCUCUAAAGGCUAUUUAUUGUUGUUGUUUUUUUUAACACGAGACUUCACUCUUGACUUACUUUGGGGGCUUUGUGGCAAAAUAAUGUUGGAAAAGUUGUCACGUUAUUUCCCCGCGGAGGGUGAACUUUUCCACGGGAAGAGUCGGUGGACUUCGGCGGCGGUUGCUGUGAUCCUCCUGGGGUUGUUUUCAUCGUCUUGCUGGGCAGAAGAGGCGUCGUGUCACGGCGCUUACGACCUCUACUUUGUUUUGGACAGGUCUGGAAGUGUCGCUGAUAACUGGAUCGAGAUUUACUCGUUUGUGAAGAACCUUACAGACAGAUUUGUGAGCCCCAGAAUGAGAGUCUCAUUCAUCGUUUUUUCAGCCAGAGCACAAAUCCUGCUGCCCCUCACCGGAGACAGAUACGAGAUAGAAGAGGGUCUAAAACGCUUACGGGAAGUGAAACCUGCAGGUGAAACAUAUAUGCAUGAGGGAAUAAAACAGGCCACAGAGCAGAUACAGAAACAAACAACCAAGUCCUCCAGCAUCAUCCUGGCUUUGACCGACGGCAAGCUUGAAGUUUACAUUCAUGAGCUCACAGUGACAGAGGCUAAUGAGGCAAGAAAAUAUGGAGCCCGUGUUUACUGUGUGGGUAUCAAGGACUUUGACGAGCAGCAGCUUGCUGAUAUUGCGGACACCAAGGACCAAGUGUUUCCUGUCAAAGAUGGCUUCCACGCACUCAAGGGCAUUGUCAAUUCUAUAUUAAAGCGGUCAUGCACAGAGAUCUUGAGUGUGGAGCCCUCCAGUAUCUGUGUGAAUGAAUCCUUUGACAUCGUCCUCAGAGGGAAUGGCUUCACCAUCGGCCGCAAUCAAGAUGUCGUCUGCAGCUUCAUAGUGAACCAGCAAACCUUCAAUCAUAAGCCAAGUGCUGUGCGUAAUGACUAUCUGCUGUGUCCGGCACCAAAGCUCUAUGAAGUUGGACAGACUAUGGAUGUUCUCAUCAGCCUAAACAAUGGCAAGUCCUUCAUCUCCAGCGCCUACACCAUCACUGCCUCCACAUGUUCAGAUGGUUUGGUGGUGGCGAUAGUCUUCCUGGUGCUGCUGAGCCUCUUAGCUCUGGCCCUCAUGUGGUGGUUCUGGCCUCUUUGCUGUACAGUGGUCAUCAAAGACCCGCCACCACCUCCUCCACCUUCCCGUCCUCCACCACCUGAGCCAGAGCAGCUUCCCAAGAAAAAGUGGCCAACUGUAGACGCUUCCUACUACGGAGGAAGAGGAGCUGGAGGGAUCAAACGCAUGGAGGUACGCUGGGGUGAGAAGGGCUCGACAGAGGAGGGUGCCAGACUGGAGAAAGCCAAAAAUGCUGUAGUGUCCAUACCAGAGGAGUCAGAGGAACCAAUGAUCAAACGUACUACCCCGAAGCAUGCCCCCACCUACCAUCACAAUGAGAACAAGUGGUACACUCCCAUCAAGGGUCGUCUUGAUGCUUUGUGGGCUCUAAUGCGGCGGCAGUAUGACCGAGUUUCUCUAAUGCGGCCCACAUCUGCAGACAAGGGUCGGUGUAUCAAUUUCAACCGUGUGCAGCGUUAGCAGAAGACAAGGACGACUGUGUGAAAACCAACGUGCUGAUCGCUGUGGACAAGAAAAGAAUUUCAGGGUUUUUUUUUUUUUUUUUCUUUGAAGAUCUGUAAUCCUGCAGCUAAAACCACUAUCUGUUCACUCUGCUCUACUUUGUGCACAAAGUUUCCCUCCUGGUUUGUUGUCCUUAUACCAUCAAAGCACACAGGGUGAAAUGUUAAUAUUAACUCUUAUUCAUUAAGUUAUUUACUGCCUUCUUCCAUCAGCAAAUAUUUCUUUAAUUAAGAAAUUAAAGUUGAGCAGAAGCACAGGGCGCUCCAGAACUUAGUACUCAGUGUCGGUUAGCUUUUCAUGCGCACCAAAGGCUUAACAUAUUCUGACCAUAUUGUGCCUUCUGUGGAAAACCUAAUUUCGUGGACACAGACGGAAGCCAUCUAAAAGAAAAGCAAAAAAAAAAAAACAUGGAGAAAGGGGCUGUUUGCCUUUGGCAUAGAAGUCGGAAUAAUCCCAAUGGGCCUCACAAGUGCAUAAGUCCGUUGCCUUUUGGCAAUGUCUCAUCACGAAUCCUCUCCAACUUCGGCGGUGCUGGAUGCCUGGCGGCUGCCCUUUGACUGGCUUAUCUUGUCAUUUUAACACUGAGAAGUGCACACGCAUGACAAAUUGUAGACAGGAUGCCCCAAGGUAUUGGAAGGCACCGAGACUUUGCCUUUAGUUUUUUUUUUUUUUUUUUUUUUUUUUUUUUUUUCUGAAGACACCUUCCUUUCAUUAUGCACUCGGGACAAGAAAAUUAAUAGAGCGUUAUUCGACCGCAGGACAGCCUCCUGACCAGUAUGAUCUCCAGCUAGGUUUGAGGGAUUGAUGCCUUUAAGACCUUGACAUGACGCUUGGUGUUUUUUGCCCCUGUUUUCAGCACAGUCUGCUCUCUGCUCAGCAAGGCGUAGCACAUCACAGCCCAUAAACAGGCCUAUCAGUUAAGACUUUUAAGAUAUAGAUACAGCUGCCUCGACGCUCCUCUGACCACCGUCUCAGUCCUCCGAGGGCUCCCCGGCUGCGUCACAACUCAGUAGUUCUUUCAGUACCAGAAUAUCAAAGUUUAAUUAAAAUAAUUAAAGGCAACAGCAAGCAGCAGCCUGUGAAGACUUGGCUGUCUCUUUUUUAUGCCUUUUGACAUUGAAUGACCUAUUACUGCGUUAUUCACAGGAAAAAAGAGGACACGGCACCACAGUGACGAUGCGCCAUGUACAAAACGUAAACUCAAAGCAACGGAUGCGAUGGACGGAUAAGUAUUGUUCAUUUCCAGAAAUUAUGUCUCCCUCCCUCCACCCCCAACUCCCUCACCCCAAAAAGCAGGGGAUAUAUAUUUAUGUAUAUGGUGGAUUUCUCAAGCGUGCUGUCAUGAUGCCAAUCCCAAAUGAUGUUAGUGUGAGCGGAAACACUGUGGGGGAGGAAAGGGGGCAGCAGCUGAAGAAAAAGGCUCGAAUGAUCCAGUCACUUCGGAUACCGUACUUCAGAUGCGAAAUGGAUAUUCGAGUCGAAACCUGACAAAGCGCGCCGGCUUUGACGGGAAGCGGUAUAGACAAUGACCAGUGGCUGGGUCAGUGGGAUGUCUCUGUGCAAGCAGGGAAGCUUAUCAAAUGACACUAAAAAUAAGUUCAACAACCAUCAAGUUUGAGGGGGAAUGGGUGAGCGUCUCACAUUCGGUGGGCACAAGAGCGCGGAAAGCGGGCGGCGUGCAACACGCCAGUCUAAUUAUUCCUUUGUUUAGUCUUCGUCCCGAUCGCAGGGACAUAAAUAAUUCCAAAUCAAAUCCUCAGGGUGUGCUGGUAUUUAUGUCCGACUUAAACGCUUUUAGCCUCUUGCAUAAUUUUGCAGGCUGACAUUUAAUAGGCUCAUCAGCCUCUUUCUGGACGGGCGGUGGCCGAGGAAAUUUUAGCACUUAGAUCUUGUCUUUUUUAUGUUGCAACCAAGAGCACAGGAAUGUUAUUAACCCGAACUAAUGAGAUAUUUACAUAGCAGUCACAACACGAGUCGCCCUGCGAAAAACACGUCACAUGUCCCCUCUGCAUCCUCUCCGCACAUUGUCAUACACCAUGUUAUUCAUUUUUAAAACCAAUUGUUGAGUUAAAAAAAAAAGAGAUUGUUAAAUUUCUUUGUGCCUUCUUGUAAAUUGAUGCUUUUGAUGAAAGAAAAAAGUAUUUUUGUAUUUCUGCACUUCUUAAAUGAGACUGUUUUAAAAACCAAAAAAAAAAAAAAAGUGUUGAUCAUUCAAUCAUGUAUCCACUUCAGCUAAGUUUUUCAGCUUUAACACUUUAAAAUACAACUUAAGCUUUAAAAAAAAGUCGAUCACCACAAUUACUGAUGACUGUACCUUUGUUUCAAUUUUUGGAUUUCAUUUGAUUUGCAUGCAGUACCUUCUGCUUAGUACAUUAUUAUCAGCUCAUUUAAGGUGCAAUGAUUAUAAUUUAUCAUUUUAUUAUCUUUAAUAUUGUACAGUUUUUUAUGCCGCCUUUUAAUAUUCACAUAGCACCUUUAUGUCCAAGUUCAAGUCACACAAGCUGCACACACGUGUGAGUUGCAACUAAAAUAUCUUUUUUACAGAGCUUUCCUUUUUUCACGAGUUUUACACUGUUUUUUUUUUUAUAUAAUUAUUAUUUUCAGUCAAACAAUUCCUGUUAUUGUUUUAUACUGCAGUCUGUUGUGUCAAAUAUACAUUCAAUGAAAAGUGAA